AUGCAAGCCUCGCCUGUCGACAAGGCACGUAAACCUGUUGCUUCUUCGGAGGGCUUGAAAAAGCAUAGUGGCUACUCACUUCACUUCGAAUACAAGCGAGCCAAAGACGCAGACUCCAAUUUGUUGAUUUUUCUGCAUGGGUUGGGCGAUACUUGUGCCUCGUUUUUCACGUUGGGCCAGCAGUUACAAACGACUCUCCCACAAACAGCAAUUCUCAGCCUUCAAGCACCUCAUCGCGUCCCAUUGUUAGAGGAGCAGGCAUGGAUGUGGUGGGACAGUUUCGACUCAUUGGGCGAGUUGAUUGUGCAUCCAGAUCCACGUCAAGCAAUCGCGUCGCUGCAUGCCUUAUUUACGUAUCUUACAACUACACCAGACCAAGGCGGAUGUGGUUGGCCUGCAGCCAACAUUCACCUAUUUGGAUAUGCACAGGGAGGGUAUGCUAUGCUUGAGGCGCUUGUCGCAUGGAAAGGAGCCCCUCUUGGGAGCGCCGUGGCAGUAUGCAGUCAGCUGCUCUCUCUUCCCACAUCAUCAAAACGCUGCUCUACCCCUCUGGCGUUCACUACACGUUGGGAACGUUCCUUCCUCGCUUCAUCGGAAGCACAGAGACAAGUGACAUGGGCCGAGCGUGCGUUUGCCCAUGUUCAGCACAUCAACCUGCCCGGCUCUGGUGAGACGAUGAUUCACGGUGCGGAAUGGAAAGAGAUCAUUCCAUUCUGGAGCAAGUAUUGGAGGAACCGUUCCUCCUGGGAACGGGAAGGCGAAGUGCUGGCAGUGUCCUAA